UCUGCGGCGCCCUGUGAUUGGAAGGAGAAACGAUUACUACAGCAGCGCCGUUGGAGUGGGCGGGAGAAGAGGGCCGGCCAAAGGUGACGCCGUGGCUGCGGAGGUGCGGUGCUCCGCGGCGCUCCGGGCAGUGGAUGGCGGCGGGAUGGAGCGCGAAGGGAGCGGCGGUGGCGGCAGCUCAGCCGGGCUCCUGCAGCAGAUCCUCAGCCUGAAGCUCGUGCCGCGGGUGGGCAACGGGACCCUGUGCCCCAACUCCACUUCGCUCUGCUCCUUCCCAGAGAUGUGGUAUGGUGUGUUCCUGUGGGCACUGAUGUCUUCUGUGUUCUUUCAUGUCCCGGCUGGAUUGCUGGCCCUCUUCACCCUCAGACAUCACAAAUAUGGUAGGUUCAUGUCUGUAAGCAUCCUGUUGAUGGGCAUCGUGGGACCAAUUACUGCUGGAAUCUUAACAAGUGCAGCAAUUGCUGGGGUCUACCGAGCAGCUGGGAAGGAGAUGAUCCCCUUUGAAGCCCUCACCCUGGGCACCGGACAGACCUUCUGUGUAGUGGUAGUCUCUUUUUUACGGGUCUUAGCUACUCUAUAGCACAUGCCUUUUCACUGUGAUGUCACCCCCAAGUUUUAUAGACUCCUCCAAAGGAAUGGACAGUGUCACGGUUUCUUCUUUCCUCAAAUGGAAGCAACUAGAAGGCCUGAGAGUGUGAAGCCCACCACAGCCCUUUCUUCUAGUUGAAGCUCCAGAAACUGAAGACCCUUGUGGACACCCAUCAUUCUCAGCCAAAACAAGCUCCUUGGCUUUUCUUCUCUUGUGGCAACUUAAGAAGUUUUACAGGCACACACCAUCACUUAAGCCAGCAAUGUCUACAUCCUUCCUGUGCAAAAAUGUAUCAUGGCCGUUUCCUAGCAACGGUGGAGAAUGCUGCUUGAUUUCAAGAGGGCAGGCUGCAUUGUACAGAGAGCUUUGUGUCCUGGCAGUAAAGCCAAGCUGGUUUGGGUUGGUUGAGGACAAACUGGUAGACUGUAACGGGAAGAAGAACUGAAGUAGAGUUCAGAGCAACAGCUUUGGUUCCACUGUCAAAAGUAGGUGACCACUGAGAAUGUGACAUGUUAUGGAUAACUGUCUUGACCUCUGAUUAUUUAAUAUAUUUCAAGAGAUGUGAAUUUAUCAUUUGAUCAAAAUAAGCUAGCUAAUUGAGGGGUUUUUUGUUUUUUGGGUUUUUUUGUUUUGGUUUAUUUUGUUGUUGUUGUUUUUGUUUGGUUUUAAAGACAUGAGGCCUUGCUUUGUUGCUCGAGCUGGUCCAAACUCCUGGGCUCAAGGCAUCCUCCUGCCUCAGCCUCCUGAGUAGCUGGGACAGUAGGCAUCACUGUCAUGCCUAAUCAAGGUUCUUUUUCUCAAAGAAUGCCCAUGACACCUUGUCUUUUUUUGUUUUGUUUUGUUUUUGUUUUUGUUUCUUCGAGACAGGGUUUUUCUGUGUAGCCCUGGCUGUCCUGGAACUCACUCUGUAGACCAGUCUGGCCUCGAACUCAGAAAUCCACCUGCCUCUGCCUCCCAAGGGCUGGGACUAAAGGUGUGCGCCACCACUGCCUGGCUCACACGGACUUUCUUAAGUGGCUUGACUUGAACUUAAACAGGUAGGCUAGGAUACUCUUCGGGCAUUCAGGCACAGACAAGAUACUUGCAGGAUUCUGUUAGAGUUUUUCUUGGUGGUGUCGUUGCUGUGGUGAGUCUGUGCUUGUGCAGUGUGCUGAAGGGUUAAUGGGUGAGGGGUUGAUGGCUAUUGGUUUCCUCACACUGUCUUUACCUAGCAGUGGCUCUUCUGCCCACUCUUGCAGUAUUUGAGUGUCCACUCCCAGAAAGUGCCUAACACUUCCUCUUCAGACACAACCCCUCCGGCCUUCUUAGUUUUCUUCCAGAGAAUUUAUAUCCUUAAAGAGUAGUAGUGGUUUUUAGAUUCCAUUUUAGCUAUUUUAAUUUUUAACUCUACUGCCUAACUUUGUUUUUCCUUAAAAGGCCUCCAAACUGUGACCUUCAGAAGGGAAAAGGGGUGCAGAACCUGAGCACCUUUCAUCCAUUCAACAGUUUUGUAUACACUACAAUAAAAUACAACAGUCACGUUGUUACCUGUUUUCAAAGUAGCUUCUGGUGAUUAACUGACAAUUUUAAAAGAAAAUUUUCAUUGUGAGAUUAAGGCUCACAACCUAUGAGGAAAUACAUUUAUCUUAAAGCAAUAUGCUCUCUGCUUCUGGUUAACUGGUAGCCAGGAGAGGCUGCCAAGUUGUGCAGCAUGAAAGGUGGCUCUCACAGUCCAUGAGGUGGAUGGAGAGCCAGCUCCUGCCGUUGUCUCUGCUCACUGUGUGCUGUUCACACACACACAUAAAUAAAUAAAUGUAAUUAAAAUGUCUUUUUAAAUAGCCAAGAGGACCUCUGUGGGCACUUGCACCUGUAUGCACAUGCUUCCUGUCCCCAUGUACACGUGAAUUUAAAAUUUGAUAAAAUAGCCAAGUGGAUCAAUUUGUCCAGUAAUGGCAUCAGGGGAAACUGCAGGGAUGGGUCCUAAAAUAAUUGGCUCUUUCCUUUUGACCAUCACUUGUCAAAACUGUAGUGGCAAUCAGAUUUGGUGGGCAACUAAAAUGCAAAUAAAUGGCUCUUCAUAUUCCCCAGCAACAAGAGCAAAUCUUUUCUUUGGAUGAAAGAUUUCCAUUUUCAGUCUGAGGGACUUUGAAUUUGGAAACCAUCCCUUCAGCUGGAGAAACUGGAGUGUUGUACCGGGCCUCGUGGGAGCUGAUAGCAUCACGGGAAGGGUGCCUUGUAUUACUAAGCAUUCUCUGGGAUGUCAUUUUACACACUAAGCACAUAGGUGAAUAGGUGGUUGGCUGUUUCCCCCUAAAAUAUAACUCAUGAAUGUAUUCAUCCAUGAUUAGAAUGUUAGGUUAUUUGUAUUUACAACCAAGACACAAAAGUUAGGGUGUUUUUGUUUCCAUAUGUUUCAUCAGCUUUAAAGACAAACACUUGAACUUGAAAUGUAUCUUCAAAUUACGGAGUGUUUCAUCUAUUCCAAUGUGUGUGAAGCAUCCUUUUUUGGGGGGGUGGUAGUGGUGGUGGUUUUGUUUUGUAUUUUGAAAUAGGGUUUCUCUGUGUAAAAGCCUGAUCCAAGUGGACCCACUUUGGAUCAGACUGGCUUUGAAGUCACAUAAAUCCACCUGCCUCUGCCUCCCAAAUGCUGGGACUAAACGCAUGCACCACCAAGCCAUACUGUGUGAAGUAUUCUUUUGUGGAUAAAUGUACAUGAGUCUAUAGCUUGAAAUGUUUUCAGGAAGAAACUCUUUGAAUAACAGAGUGCAUUCCACUUGGAUCGCUGUUUCUCUUCCUCCUCUUGUCUCAAAUUUGAGUUAUUUGCCAUGGUUUAUGUUGAACACAUCACCUUGAGGAAUUUCCUCCCAGUAAGGACUUUCUUGGACCCUGAUUCCUACGUCUGUGUCUCCCCUUCUCAUCUUCUUUGAAGCUCUGAGAUAAAGAGGCAACCCCCAACCGAAAGCUGAUCUCUUGAUGCCUUAGUGGGAUUUGGGGGUAAAAAUUAAGUUCAUGUGCAAAAGAGUAAGGAUUAUGAGCAAGGUGCAUCUCUGGGCUGCACACUUCCUUUGCUUCAAGACACCACUUAGGAAAUUCGGGGAGUGGCGAGCAGUAGUUCGUGCAAAUAAUGACAGCCAUCCUUCCUGUGCCCUUUGGGUUUUUAAAUUAUAUGUUGGCUUUUGAUUCCAAUUCUUUUGUGACUGCCCUGGUUUCCCGUAAGUUAUUGUGACAGUACAGGACAUGCUACCUUCCCUGAGGAACUCUUUCCUGGAAUGUGAAGCCCUGGUGCCAUUAACAGUCCAUGCGCAGAAGGUUUUGUGAACUUGUAUUUCUUUUUUGUGUACUGUGUAAGGCUGGUUAUGACCAAAGUCAGUUUAACUUUUUAUAUUAGGUUAUUGCCCUUAACUGCUAUAGUCAAAAUGAUCAAAUCUUUGUACAUUAGAGAUUUAUUUAAAUAUUAUUUUUCUACUGACAUUUCUAAUGCUAGUAUAAAUGUUUAUUACCAAUAAAGAAUUACUUUGAA